AGGAGAAGACAAGUAGGGGGAAGUUUGUCAUCUCCUUGCUGUCAGGACUGACUUUUUUUCUUCAGAGGGAAGAUAAGGACCGACAACACCGAGAAGACUUCCAGUUCACUGAGGCACAAAACAACAACACUGAGAAAGAAACAACAUUUUAAACACGGAAAGAAUACAGGACAUUCUAACAUCAACAGGUCAUUUCAACAAAAGAUCAAGACAUUUUAAAACUUUAUCUCAGUCUCACUCUAUUCAUCCACUUCUCUUGGACUCUCUGUCCUGAACAUUUCUCUGUGAGGGUCAGUCGGUCCAUCCAGCCCAGCCAUGCAGGUGUCUAUAGCCUGUACGGACCCCCACAUGAAACGUGGAAAUGGGGAUCACAAGAAUGCCACCAGCCCGGGGAAUGCAGCUCGGGCCAAGUUCAGAACCGUGGCCAUCAUAGCACGUAGCUUUGGGGCGUUCGCACCCCGACACCACAUCUCCCUCAAAGAGUCCACGGGGAAACUGACCGGCAUGAAAUACAGGAACCUGGGAAAGUCCGGACUUAGAGUGUCGUGCUUGGGACUGGGUACAUGGGUAACGUUUGGCAGUCAGAUUACAGAUGAGGUGGCCGAGCAGCUGAUGACCAUAGCGUAUGAGAGUGGGGUCAAUCUGUUCGACACAGCGGAGGUGUACGCUGCUGGAAAAGCUGAAGCCAUAUUGGGUAAUAUCAUCAAAAAGAAGUCCUGGAGACGAUCAAGUCUGGUCAUCACUACCAAGCUGUACUGGGGAGGAAAGGCAGAGACUGAAAGGGGCCUUUCAAGGAAACACAUUAUUGAAGGUCUGAAGGGCUCCCUUCAGAGGUUGCAGCUGGAAUACGUAGACGUGGUCUUCGCAAACCGCCCCGACACCAACACGCCCAUGGAGGAGAUUGUGAGAGCCAUGACGUAUGUGAUCAACCAGGGGAUGUCCAUGUACUGGGGGACUUCUCGAUGGACAGCCAUGGAGAUCAUGGAGGCGUACUCUGUGGCCAGACAGUUUAACCUGAUCCCUCCGGUGUGUGAGCAGUCUGAGUACCAUCUCUUCCAGAGGGAGAAGGUGGAGGUCCAGCUUCCAGAACUCUACCACAAGAUAGGUGUCGGGGCAAUGACGUGGUCUCCGCUGGCCUGUGGCAUCAUCACAGGGAAGUACCAGAACGGCAUCCCAGAAACCUCCAGGGCAUCCAUGAAGUCGUAUCAGUGGUUAAAAGAGAAGAUUGUGAGUGAGGAUGGGAGGAAACAGCAGGCAAAGCUGAAGGAGCUGGGACACAUUGCUGAGAAACUGGGCUGUACUCUCCCACAGCUGGCCGUGGCCUGGUGUUUGAGGAAUGAGGGGGUGAGCUCAGUCCUCCUGGGAUCCUCCAGUCCAGAGCAGCUAACAGAGAACCUAGGCGCCAUACAGUUUCUUCCAAAAAUGACUUCUCAUGUGGUGUCGGACAUUGAUCAUAUACUGGAGAACAAGCCGUACAGAAAGAAGGACUAUCGCUCCUAGACACCCAGGAGGAAGCAGAACCCCUACUGUACAACCACUGUGGAUCCAGUUACACCAACCAUCUGGGCUCAGCCUCCAUGGGGUUUCAGCUCAGUCUAAUCCCAGCCCAGUUCAGGCCUGCUCAGCUCAGCCCCAGCCUUCUUAGUCCAGUGUAACCGAGCUCAGUUCAGCCUAACCCUGCUAACCCUCUGCCCUAGACCAGCUUUCAGCUCAGCUUACUCUCUCAGUAGAUUCUCUGUCUCCUGAGAUUGUUAACCAUGUAGAUGCUUUCUUCCCCUCUCUGAUGUGCCUGGACUUUCUCUUCAAAGGCACCUUGUACAAAACAACACAGAAAGGGGAUAAUAAUACCGUAAACGUCUUUCACAAUGCAUUUUGAAAACUAGUAUACUGCAUUUGACCACCGUUUGACCUCGCAAAGCAGAGCACCCUGGGACAGUGAGUUUCAGCGACAGGCCUUUGUUCUGUCUGUGAGGGGAAGAAUGUGCAUGUUGUCGCCCCCACCUGGUCGUAUGAGAAACUGCUAUCCAAUAUCUUCAAUAGAUUAUUAGUGCGAGAGCGCAGGAGAAUCUCAUUUGCAUUUUCCUUGGGAGAAUCUCAAUUCCAUACUCCUCGCAUCCUCUCUCCUCACCAACUUCUCAAAACCCAUUGGAGGAGAAGGUCAGAGGGGCGAGGAGAGAGGAGGAGAGAGGAGGCGAGGAGUAUGUAAUUGAGAUUCUCCCCUUGACUCCUUUCAUCCUCUCUCCUUGCUUCCUUCUCAAAACCCAUUGGAGGAGAAUGUUCGAGGGGAGGGACCUCUGACUUUCUCAUCCAAUACGUUUUGAGAAGGAGGAGAGGAAAGAGGACGCGGGGAGGCAAGGAAAUGCAAUUAAGAUUCUCCCAGUGGCCUACUGUUCUGUAUAGUGCCAGUCUGAGUGAGCAGGGGGCCUCUUGUACUGUACUGUACUGUAUACUCUCUGUCUGCAUCCAUAGAGGAGAAUCCUGCCUCUCCUCCUCCUGCCUGUAAUUUGAACCUGCAUCUUUAGUUGCUGAUGGGAAUCUGGGAUAGCACAAGCCACUCUGUGACAUAACCUCCCAACCAGACCAAUGUUACCUGUGGGUGUUGCUUGUUAGAUAAUGUGUAAGAUAGGUGAAGUAUUUAGAAAGAUGUAAAGGCCUAUAUCUAUUCUAUAAUAGUACGUGAAAAUAAGUUUCUUCUGUGGGUUAGAAUGUUUUUCAUCUUUCAGGGGUGUAUAUACAGUAUUAAACGUUAUGGGGAAAACCUUGUAACGUAAGCAAAACAGACCUCAAGUCCCCUUUGUUGCAGAUGAAACUAAAGUAUUCUAUAAAUUACCUAGAAAUAUUCUAUAAAUAACCUAAGUAUUCUAUAAAUAACCUAAAAACUACCUGUAAGUAUUCUAUAAAGAACCU